GCAAAUCAAGUGAACGGUUCUGGCGCGUGGAAUGCUCGUAAAAUAAUUUCGCAAUUUGUUGUUGUUCAUUUAAAAUGGCAGACUCAAUAGACGAUUUGUUCGACUGCUUCGACGAAGCCCCGAAAGCCGAACAACAAGAUGAACAAAUGGAAGAGAACAGCGAGUCGAAGGUGCCGAACAAAAGCGUCAAACGGUCCAACGAUGAUGAAAUUCAAUUAGCCGUGAAAAUGUUUAAGGAGGACGGCACUGUUAACUGCGACGAUAUUAACUUUGAAGAGUUUAAAAACAGAAUAAUAGUUCACACCAUAGAGACCAUAGAAUCUUGCACACACGAGGUGGCUUGUCCCCCAGGUCAACCCUACAUACCAUUAAACCCAAGCAAAGGAGAACCCGUAAAAAAAUACGCUUUUGCUUUAGAUCCCUUCCAGAAAGAGUCGAUUUUAUGUGUGGACAACAAUCAGUCUGUUUUGGUGUCGGCCCAUACUUCAGCUGGCAAAACAGUUAUAGCUGAAUACGCAAUAGCCACAUCGCUUAAAAAUAAACAGCGCGUUAUUUAUACAACCCCAAUUAAAGCACUGUCCAAUCAGAAGUAUAGGGAGUUUAUGGAGGAAUUCAAAGAUGUAGGUCUUGUAACUGGUGAUGUUACCAUUAACCCAAGCGCAUCUUGUCUUAUUAUGACUACAGAGAUCUUGCGUAACAUGUUAUACCGAGGCUCCGAAAUAAUGCGUGAAGUGGGUUGGGUAAUAUUCGAUGAAAUACAUUACAUGCGUGACAAGGAGCGCGGUGUCGUAUGGGAAGAGACCUUAAUCCUACUGCCGCACAACGUGCAUUUCGUAUUUUUAUCCGCCACCAUACCGAACGCAAGGCAGUUUGCCGAGUGGGUGGCGCAUUUGCACCAACAACCCUGCCACGUUGUCUACACCGAUUUCAGACCUACACCACUGCAGCAUUUUAUUUAUCCUGCUGGAGGAACUGGCAUUCACAUGGUCGUUGACGAAACGGGAACUUUCAAAGACGACAGCUACAACGCAGCGAUGGCGGUGUUGCAAAACGGAGGCGACGCUGCCAAAGGUGAUCAGCGCGGUCGCAAAGGCGGCGUUGCCAACAAGGACCCCACUCAAACGGACAUCUUCAAAGUGGUGAAAAUGGUGAUGGAGCGAAACUUCGCCCCCGUCAUCGUGUUCAGUUUCAGCAAGAAAGAUUGCGAGCUGUACGCCACGCAAAUGACGAAGCUGGAUUUUAACACCGCUGCCGAAAAACAAUUGGUGGACGAGGUUUUUAACAACGCAAUGGACGUUUUGACUGACGAUGACAGGAGGUUGCCCCAGGUCGAAAAUUUGCUGCCUCUACUUAGAAGAGGUAUCGGAAUUCAUCACGGCGGCCUUCUGCCCAUAUUAAAGGAAACCAUCGAGAUUUUAUUCGGCGAAGGUCUUAUUAAAGCUCUUUUUGCAACGGAAACUUUUGCCAUGGGACUGAACAUGCCUGCUAGAACAGUUUUGUUUACUGGCAUGAAGAAAUUUGACGGUUCUGAAUACAGAUGGUUAACAUCUGGAGAGUACAUACAAAUGUCAGGUAGAGCGGGUAGAAGAGGUCUCGACGAUAAGGGUAUAGUAAUACUUAUGGUGGACGAAAAAGUGCCACCAUCAGUGGGUAGAAACAUCGUUAAAGGUCUACCGGAUCCGAUAAACUCCGCUUUUCAUUUAACCUACAACAUGGUUUUAAACCUCUUGCGCGUCGAAGAAAUCAAUCCGGAAUAUAUGUUGGAGAGGUCCUUCUUCCAAUUCCAAAAUCAGACUGCAAUUCCUGGCUUGUACGAUAGUUAUGUGAAAAAGUUGGAGGAAUACAGCGGGUAUCAGAUUGAGAGUGAAGAUCAAGUUGCCACUUAUUAUGAUAUUAGACAGCAACUUGACGCUUUGGGUGUACAAUUUAGAAGUUAUUUAACCAAGUCUCAGUACCUGAUACCUUUCUUGCAACCAGGAAGAAUGUUGAAGAUAAAAACAAACGAAGAUGAGUAUGAUUGGGGGGCGGUAGUAAAUUUCAAAAAAGUACAAGAAUUCGUCAGGAAAGGCCAAAGCAAACAAACUAAACCUGUAACCAGGCUACAAGUCGACAUUUUAUUACACGUUAUGUCUGAAAUGGGUGACUCCUCCGAAAUACCCAAACCUUGUUUUGGGGAUCAGAAAGGUGAAGUAGAGGUGGUAAGCGUGGAUUCAACAUUCAUAACCCACGUAUCUUCGGUGCGAUUGUUUUGCCCCAACGAUUUAAGAUCUAAAGAUAGUCGCAAAGGCAUGUACAAGGCAUUGAAAGAGGUCAAAAAACGCUUCCCCGAGGGACCGCCACUGCUAAAUCCCGUCAAGGACAUGAAAAUUAAAGAGGACGAGUUCGUUGAUAUCGUGAAGAAAAUUGAAGUGUUGGAAAAGAAGAUGUUUGAGCAUUAUUUGCACAAAACGCCGCUCUUGGACGUGGAAUAUCCGAAGUACGAGAAAAAAGUGACGUGCGGUGAGGAGUUGGCCGUGGCGAAAAAACAAUUGCAAGAUGCCAAGUCCGUAUUGCAACUGGACGAGUUAAAGUGCAGAAAACGCGUUUUGCGACGAAUGGGUUACAGUACAAAUACGGACGUUAUACAAUUGAAAGGUCGCGUGGCAUGUGAAUUGAGCAGUGCGGAUGAAUUAUUGAUCACAGAAAUGAUUUUCAACGGUGUUUUUGGAAUGCUGGCUCCCGCUCAAGCUUGCGCGCUUUUGAGUACUUUUGUUUGUGAUGAAAAAAGUCAGGAGGCUCCAAGAUUGACUGAUGAGUUGUCAGGACCAUUAAGACAAAUGCAGGACCUCGCGCGUCGCAUAGCUAAAGUUAGCACGGAGGCGCGCCUUCCUCUCGACGAGGACCUCUACGUGGAACGUUUCAAGCCUUUCCUGAUGGACGUCGUGUUCGCCUGGUGCAACGGCUCCCCUUUCAGCGAACUCUGCGAGAUGACCGACAUUUUCGAGGGUUCCAUCGUACGGUGCAUGCGAAGGUUGGAAGAACUGCUCAGGCAGAUGGUGCAGGCAUCGAAAACCAUUGGAAAUUCGGAGCUGGAGGAUAAGUUUAAUUCGGCCAUUAAGAUGAUUAAGAGGGAUAUUGUCUUUUCGUCCAGUUUAUAUUUGUAGAUUACGUAAUUUUAUUUAGUUUUUAAUGGAAUUUUGCAGUUGUUGAUGCUUUAAAAUUUAACAGUUCGAAAAAAAAAACGUUUUUUCUGAACAAUUGAAAAAUUGGUGAAAAGAAAAAAUUAAAAAAU